GAAGUCGGGAGAUGGGUGGCAGGUUGGUGCUCAUGCAAUAGUUGGGAGGAUGAGUGAAGGUAAUAGUCGUGGAAGAGGAGGAGAAUUAGUCGAUUUGGCAAGGGACAGUGAGUGAGAGGUGGAUUUAGGGUAAACACUGGCAUAUUGAGAAUUAAUGCGGGGACGAGAGCAGUAGUAACAUGAGUGUGAGUAUUUUGUCUCGGCCCCUCCUUCGUUCGCUCCUUCCUCGUCCUCUCGCUACUUGCCUUCUCCUUCUCUUUUCUCGUUUUCCGCUCCACCAAGCUUAUCCUUCCAGCAGCAGCGCUCCUCUCCUUCCUCACCUCCUCCACCACCCGCGCAGGCAGUUUUCUGAGAAAGUCCUUAUUCGAACGAGAAUUUUGCUUGUUCGAACAAGAAUUUUGCUUCUUCGCGAGAAUUGUCGUUGCCUUGCCUCGCCACGCCUCGUUGGAUUGUAAUCUAAGGACGCGGUUUUGUUCUGCGUCGCCUUCUCGAUGUCGCAAUUCUUGGUAUCUUUUGUUCGUGUCCGAGAUUGGUGAUCGGCUGCACUUCUUCGUAUUGUCCGUCGGUCGGUCGGUCACUUGUCAUUUUCAAAUCUUGCCGAGGCUCUUGUUUGUUUGCGCAUGGUUGUGGAAGUGCCGGGAAGUUCUUCUUCUCAUAGGCCACGGCAUCAUCAAUGGGAACGUCUGUCCACGUUAAGAAAACCAAUUCCGGGCUUUCUUCUUGGCGGAAAGGCUGCUUUUCAUCGAGCCCGAUUAAAUUGCUAGCAAUUGAACUCGCAUUUUCAGUGUAGCAUGUGACGCGUGUGAGGCGCCGUAUUGGGGAACUCAAUCUUUGGCGCUUGAUUACUCGGAGCAGGUUUCAAAUAGGAACCGACUGCUCACCUCAUGUGGCACCUUGUUUGUUGGGUUAGUAACCUCGGCUGAAAUCCACUCUGAAGUCAGUAGGGUUUGUCGAGGGAGUGUUCUCGGAGAAGAACAAGAACGGAGACAAAGAAUUGGCAACUGAAGUAAACCGCAGUGAUGCAAGAUAAAACAGAUUCAAAAAAUGAGGAGAUUGACUGGAUGCGGAGGCCUAAGAUUCUCAUUGAAUCUGUAGAAAAUUGGAGAAAAUCCAACAGCCAUUUUGGCGGUAGCCUCACCGCUCGGCGGCGAUCUUCUACUUCAUGGACCCCCAUGGAUGGAGGAGAAGAGGUUUUGAAUGUUUCGUCCAAGUCGCCGCCGGAUGAAGCUGCUGUCGCAGGGCCGAUGAAGGUAGAUGAAAGGCUGCCAGCCAUGGGCAAGUCCACCGAGUUUGAAAGAUCUUCGACCAGAGCAGGUGUUCGGAAUUUGUUUCUGAAGGAGCAGAGGGCCCGUCUUGCUGGAGGAGGAUCCGUCGGCACUGAGUUAAAAUAGGGUGCUCACACACCCAUGAUGUCGGCGAUACAUCCACACAUCUUCAGCUCGGGUGUGGAUCGAGCAGUUCGUUGAACUCCACGAAGGCGGGUGAGCGGUCAGAGGGAGAGGAGCGAGCCUGAGGUGACGGAACGACACUGUGCUCAUCGCGUCGCAGCAGAGAGCAUGGUCAUGCUGAAUCUCUGAGCUUGCGGUCUUGCGUCGCAGGAUGUGGCUGAAACCCAGGACAAGUUUUGCAAUUGCCAAAUGCAAAUCAUGCACGGAGUGCAGAGAGAACAGUUUUUUACCUUUUACCUUCCAUCGGGGCUCGCGCGGAUGUGAUGUGGUGGUGGUUUUGAGUUUAGAACAGGAGAGUUGGAUCAAGUGCGCUCGCUAAGGGGGGAGAGUUUUGGAGGCCGUAGCAGCAUGGACUGAAAUCCUGUCCCACGGCACAAAUCUAUUGUUUGCAGUAUUUGGGUGGAGCAAUCGACCGAGUUUGGAUUCCACGGUGCCUACGGACAGAGCACUCCACGAGCAGCAGCCACGACAACAGCUUUAGGAGCUUGACAAGACGGCAAGGGCGAUAUUUAUGUGCUAGCGAUGCGGCAGUGGAUAUACUUUGGCUUGAAGAAGUAGAGAAAGCAGACCGGGGGAGUCACCAUGGCCAUGUUGAUAGCAAUUUUUUUGAAUGCCUUGCUCUUUUCCCUUAGUAUCAUCCACGGGAGUAGUAUUUGGGCCGAAGCAGUAGAUGGUUAUGCCUCGAGUGAAAUGGCUUGGGCGGGCAACUCAGGCGGUAGGUGUGGAGACGUGAGCCUUGGGGCGCCGAAGAAAAUGAAGUACACUCGUCAAGCUGAACUGAAGGCGAGAUGUCCGGCUUUGACAUUGAGAAGCGAGGAAGCUCCCACGCGCACCAAGCGGCGGCGACUGCUGAUGCAAAGAUUAUCAUUUAGAGACGGGAAUUGGGAGCAGGGAGACCGAGUGUCUGCAUUGAUGCCAUUCAAGCCAUCCAAUCAGUUUGCGGAUUUGGAGUAUGUGCCCAGAACUCAGCUCGCCUCGUUUUGGGUAACCAAUGUCGAUAGAAAUCAGCUACUCGUGUGCAAUGUGGCUGGCAUGGUAGAGCUUUCUAUCACGGAUGGGUCUAUGUCUAUUUUACACAAAAAGCCGUCUUUGUACAAGUUAUGACCUUGAUCAACCGCGAGCUACUGCCGCGACAAGUUUUCAAGGGACGAGUAGUGAUAGCCAGUUCAUAAUGUAUCCAGGGCUGUCGACUCUGUCCAUCGAGCUUGAGGGAGUCUACCAACAGGCUCAGAACGAGGACGUCCUCUGUAUGCUAGGUUGCGCGUUUCUGCCAUCCCCAGACUCUGGCAUUUUGUGGUCCAAUAUGCAAACUUUUCCUGGAACCAAGCAGCUGGUGAAGGAUUGUAGCAUCAUGCUCCAGCUGCACUACCCGCUCACCUUCAAUCUCACCUCUCGAGUCAUUCGGGGAGAGCUGAAAAGCCUGAAGAGUCUCGAGGAGCCUUUCUACUUCCUCCCAGUAUUUUUGUCAUCUCAAAUCACAGCGGACUCGGUGUACGAGAGUACACCGAAGGACAUCGUAGCUUCGGCCUGCAAUUCCGAAGAUCAAACUGCCAAGUACGUGGACAUUUACAAGCCGAUCGGGAUGGAGUUUUGCAAGUUAGCCAAGGAAUACCUCUCGUAGGGAUGGAUGGAUAUAGACACCAAUUGGAAUUGCUCUGUUUCUCAGGAGUUUUGCGGAAAGAUAGGGCCCUUCGUUCCGUACUCAACGGCUGGGCAUUACGUCAAGGCGCAAGAUUACAAUGCAAGCAAGGCCCAAAUUAUGGUACAAAACUUUCGAUUCCCGUGCUUCACCAAGGAAGAGACGGUAAUUUUUGUGAGUUCCGUUUUCCGUCUCAUACCUGUCGACGAGACCAGGAGCGUCGCGUUUGGACGAUCGGCCUUGGAUGGUCAGACCAUCGUGACGAAAGGCUACUGGAUGAAUGGAUCCGACCACCUUUGUAUGGUCAGAUGUUCCUUGAAUGAUAACACCGGUCAGGCGGACCUCUGCAACAUGAGUUUGUAUCAGCAUACCUCUCUCACUCACUAUCAAGCAUUGAAAUAUCUUCGAGGGCAUCAUCAACAGCACUCUAGCCGAAAAGGCGUUCCAUCCUCUUUCUUUUCACGUCAAACUCGACUUCAAUCGAGGUUUUCCAUGGAGGUUGAGUUCUCAUCUGCACUACAAUUAUACGAGGGUAGAUGAUGCUGGAGUCCUCUUGGAGAAGGAUGAAGUGGUAUCCAAAUCCUUCCAUUCAAGCUGGUUGAAUUACCCCAAACUUAUCGGAGAAUCACUAGCUCACUACAGAGUACUGUCGGAAGACCUGAGCUUGCAAACCACAUGAGCUUGGGCAGUAAGGACCUUUCGUACAUCAAAUUUGACGUGGUGGCGAUCGACAAUUAUCUUCCUUUCUUGUGGUAAGGCUGGAUCCAGACAGGCAUCGUGGAGGCCGGAUUGGUCGAGAUGUCAAUUGAUACCAUCCAAACGGAGACGGAUCCACGGGUCACAAAUCGGGUCAAAGAGAAUCGGCAGUAUCUGAACAUCGCUGGAACACUAUCAAUCAGGCAACCAUUCGAGCGGACGGAGAUGAAAAUCUCCACUGAAGGUCAGUACAGUCCAAAGCACGGUAAAAUGUACAUGGUGGGUUGCAAGAGCGUAACCGCUCAAUGGGAAACCAUCCGUGAGUACUACUGGUCUUUGGACGAAGGCAUGGAUUGCAAGAUUGAGGUGAUGAUUACUUACCCAGCAACCAUUGCUUCUUGGCUCUCGGAUCCGACUGUGAAAGUGUUGGUGAAGAGUAAGCGCGUUGAGGACAGCCCUUUCCACUUCCAAGACAUCAAAGUGCAGACUGAACGCAUCCUGUACAAGAAGCAGCGAGAACAGCUCGUCUCUCAUAAGAGUGUGGAGAGGGCUUUGAGCAUGCUGACUCUCAGCCUCAUGCUGGGGUGCAUUAUUAGCGGGCUACUUUACCUCGGUCAUCAGGUCGACUCUACUCCCUACGUCUCCUUGGUCAUGAUCGGCAUUCAGGGUAUGGGGUACGCAAUACCUCUAGUCACUAGUGCGGAGGCCUUGUUGACAAGAAAAUUUGACUACCGAAGACAUAGCUUCCUCUGUUGAGACCGGGUGGGCUCGAAUGAUUGUUUAUCUCAACAAAAUUUUGAUCUGGUUGCUUUCCUUUUCAUGGUUCGCUCAUUGGAAUUAGUGUGGAAGCGCCGAGCCUUCAUGCCGUCUGCCCGCUCACCGCGCGAGCAGUUCGGGCAGAUCACCGACAGCCCGCCGAGGUCUAGAAGCAGACCCCCAAAACCGACCCUCACAGCCAAUCCUUUUCCCUAAAUUACGGAUCUAUUUUGCCAACUUCCCGUACCUACAUUCUUUUUUAUCGACUAGAGGCAGUGCACCUUGGAGACCUGAUGUGGUUACGAGUACCGAUCGGAGAAGGAGGAGCAUCUUGGGUUCACAAGGGACCAGACGAGUAGGCUCUAACGGGGUUUCCAUGAUGUCCGGCGGAGCCCACCGUUCAAGUAAUUCUAGGAGAAGGUUACGUACCGGAUAGAAGGGCAACGAUUUACGAUGGGGCUCAGUUGCACCCGGUUAAUCCGGAAGUUAGCGGCGGCCACUCAAAUAAGCAGCGGCCAUCGAUCCGAAAUUGACGAGAUACUAGUUGGUCACUUGUAGGAGAUAGUAUUUAAUCUGGGGGGCUUUCUCAUGGCAG